AUGGUGCGGAUGAACGUUCUUGCGGAGGCGCUCAAUAGCAUCAAUAAUGCUGAAAAACGGGGAAAAAGGCAAGUACUCAUCCGGCCCGCAUCUAAGGUUAUAGUCCGAUUUUUAACGGUGAUGAUGAGGCACGGUUACAUUGGAGAGUUCGAGAUUGUUGAUGAUCAUCGUGCUGGUAAAAUCGUUGUGAACUUAAACGGCAGGCUCAACAAAUGCUCUGUGAUUUCUCCACGGUUCGAUAUCAAGCUUAAGGAUAUUGAACAAUACACUACAAACCUUCUCCCGUCGCGUCAGUUUGGCUUUCUUAUUCUUACCACGUCCGCUGGUAUUAUGGACCAUGAAGAAGCUAGAAGGAGACACCUUGGAGGGAAGAUUCUUGGUUUCUUCUUCUAA